UUGUGAAAUAAAAUGGCUCGUACUAAGCAGACUGCUCGUAAAUCGACCGGAGGCAAGGCGCCUCGUAAGCAGCUGGCAACUAAGGCGGCUCGUAAGAGUGCUCCAGCCACCGGCGGUGUGAAGAAGCCUCAUCGUUAUCGCCCCGGAACUGUUGCCCUGCGUGAGAUCCGUCGUUACCAGAAGAGCACAGAGUUGCUGAUCCGCAAGCUGCCUUUCCAGCGCUUGGUGCGUGAAAUUGCUCAGGAUUUCAAGACCGAUCUGCGUUUCCAGAGCUCUGCUGUGAUGGCACUGCAGGAAGCUAGUGAAGCCUACUUGGUUGGCCUGUUCGAAGAUACUAACUUGUGCGCUAUCCAUGCCAAGCGUGUCACCAUCAUGCCGAAAGAUAUCCAGCUGGCCAGACGUAUUCGUGGCGAACGUGCUUACUCCGCAGUUGCAACAUCCGCAUCUCCCGUGGCUGCCCCACCAGCUACUCCCGCAUCUGAGAAGAAGGUGGCUGCUAAGAAAGCAGCAUCUGCAUCGAAGGUGAAGAAGCCGGCAGUUCCACCAUCACAUCCUCCAACUCAGCAAAUGGUGGACGCAUCAAUCCUGAACCUUAAGGAACGUGGUGGCUCGUCGCUUAUGGCAAUCAAGAAGUACAUCAGUGCCACAUACAAGUGCGAUGCCCAGAAAUUGGCACCAUUCAUUAAGAAGUACCUGAAGAGCGCUGAGCCGAAGCCAAAAGCCAAGGCUGCCUCAGUGGAGAAGAAACCGAAGAAGGUCGCUGCAUCAGCAGCAGCAGCAGCAGCUAAGAAGAAGGCUGCCGGCACCAAGGCCAAGAAAGCAGCAGGGUCCGCUGAGAAGAAACCAAGCAAAGCUGUAGCAACCAAGAAGACCGCUGAGAAGAAGAAGACUGAGAAAGCCAAGGCUAAGGAGGCCAAGAAGAGUGGUGGCAAAGUUAAGGGAAAGGCAAAGUCUCGUUCCAACCGCGCUGGUCUUCAGUUCCCCGUUGGCCGUAUUCACCGUCUGCUUCGCAAGGGCAACUAUGCCGAGCGUGUUGGUGCUGGUGCUCCUGUGUACCUGGCUGCUGUGAUGGAAUACUUGGCUGCUGAAGUUUUGGAGUUGGCUGGUAACGCAGCCCGUGACAACAAGAAGACUAGGAUUAUCCCUCGUCAUCUGCAAUUGGCCAUCCGCAACGAUGAGGAGUUGAACAAACUGCUUUCGGGUGUCACCAUUGCCCAGGGCGGUGUUUUGCCUAAUAUUCAGGCUAGUGAAAAUUGUGAAAUAAAAAUGGCUCGUACUAAGCAGACUGCUCGUAAAUCGACCGGAGGCAAGGCGCCUCGUAAGCAGCUGGCAACUAAGGCGGCUCGUAAGAGUGCUCCAGCCACCGGCGGUGUGAAGAAGCCUCAUCGUUAUCGCCCCGGAACUGUUGCCCUGCGUGAGAUCCGUCGUUACCAGAAGAGCACAGAGUUGCUGAUCCGCAAGCUGCCUUUCCAGCGCUUGGUGCGUGAAAUUGCUCAGGAUUUCAAGACCGAUCUGCGUUUCCAGAGCUCUGCUGUGAUGGCACUGCAGGAAGCUAGUGAAGCCUACUUGGUUGGCCUGUUCGAAGAUACUAACUUGUGCGCUAUCCAUGCCAAGCGUGUCACCAUCAUGCCGAAAGAUAUCCAGCUGGCCAGACGUAUUCGUGGCGAACGUGCUUAAAUUGUGACAACGUUGUGCGUUGUGCUUGACAAGCAUCAAAUUAUCAAACAAAUCGGUCCUUUUCAGGACCACAA